CAUGUACCUCACACCUCACAGCACCGCACUGCAAUGUCUGCUCACAGCCGCUCUGCUACUCUACACAGGUGGCGUUCUCUCUCAGGUCCAGGUUCCUCAGGGCCCCUUGUUUCGGGUGCAGGGCUCCGCGGUCGCCCUCUGGUGUAACGCCACCGGUUACCCGGCCAGAGGCUUCGAGUGGUCCAUUCACCCGGCCCAGUCUCCCAGACAGAGGUUGCAGAUUGUCAGCUCUGUGGACCCCGACUUUUCCUACGCUAUAUACAGAGAGCGGCUGAACGUCCGGCGAGAGAUUUACCUGGAGAAGGUGAGAAAAGACUCCGCGAGACUCCACCUCGUCCACAUCCAGGCGACGGACGCGGGCGACUACGAGUGCUACGCCCCAAGCUUACGACACGACUACUACGGGAGUCACAGCGCAAGCGUCAGGCUGUCAGUGAUUCCUGACUUGCUGCAGGUCUCGUUGCUGUCGCCUGAGGAGCUGACACUUCAUGCGGAGUCCUCGGUGACCCUGACGUGUGAGGUGGUCUCUGGCACUGCCCAGCACACCCACAUCUCCAUCACCUGGUACCAGAGCAGACUGGAGGCCGACAGGCCCAUCGCCACCUGCUCCGAACAAUCUGUCAUGUCCGUGGCAGCCGCCUUCCAGGACCGGCACUGGGCCAGCGAGCUGCGGCUGGAGAAGGUGUCGGCCACCCGCUACCAGCUGUCCCUGAGUGCCCUGCGGGGCACUGAUGACGGGCACUACUACUGCCAGGCCACCGAGUGGAUCCAGGACCCAGACAGAAGCUGGUACCCACUGAGCAGCAAGAGGAGCCGAGGCACCGCCGUCCACGUCCACGCCGCAGAUGUGAUGUCGGCCGUCCACAGCUCCACCGCAGACGGGACUCAUCCCAAGGUCUUCUACAUCCUCAUGUUACAGCUCCCCCUGGUGGCCUGGGCAGCUUACUGAGGCUCUCA